UUUGUAUGGGACAGAAGCGCGACUCCUCGCAGCGAAAAGAAAGAAACUCCUCUAAAUAAAGCCCUAGACGGCUAGACUAGAAGAAGAACGGCAUCGGAAAUGGGCGCCCUCUUCUUGGCCGUGAUCGCCGUCCUCCCUCUCAUCUGCAGCUGCUUCUCCGCCGACAGCCCCACCGACCGCCGCGUCCUCGUGCUCGUCGACGACCUCGCCCUCCGAUCCUCGCACUCGCUCUUCUUCAAUUCCCUCCAGUCCCGCGGCUUCGACCUCGACUUCAAACUUGCCGACGAUCCCAAGCUCUCCCUCCAGAGAUAUGGACAGUACCUCUACGACGCCCUUAUCCUCUUCGCCCCUUCCACUCAACGUUUCGGUGGCUCGCUGGACCAAAAUGCGGUUUUGGAGUUCGUGGAUUCUGGGCGUGAUUUGAUUCUGGCAGCAGACUCAUCUGCCUCUGAUGUUAUCCGAGGCAUUGCCACGGAAUGUGGUGUAGAUUUCGAUGAGGAUCCGGAAGCGGUGGUUAUCGACCACACCAGCUACGCAGUCUCGGAGACCGAAGGGGAUCACACUCUCAUUGCCAGUGAUGACCUCAUCCACUCAGAUGUGAUUUUGGGGGAUGAAAAGAUUGAAGCUCCUAUACUAUUCCGAGGAACUGGGCAUUCUGUUAAUCCUGCUAAUAGUUUGGUUCUGAAAGUUUUGUCUGCCUCCCCUUCAGCAUAUUUAGCAAAUCCAAAGAUUAAGUUGUCAAGUCCUCCAUCUCUCACUGGAUCGGCAAUAUCUCUGGUUUCAAUCAUGCAGGCAAGAAACAAUGCUCGGGUGUUGAUAUCGGGAUCUUUGGAUCUAUUUAGCAAUCGUUUUUUGAAGUCUGGUGUGCAGAAGGCUGGGAGUAAGAUAAAGUAAGUACUUAACCUUGUAUCAAUUUCAGAUUAUCUGUUUGUGUAAUUAUCAUUCUUUGUUGAAAUCAUGGGCUCGAAAUUAAGACUUG